AUGCAAUCAACCAUUGUCACAUUAGCAAGGUCGGCUUGGAAAGGACCAUUCAUUGUACAAAUUCCCGGUCUAAAACAGGCUCACGCUUCCGGUACGCCAAUAAAAACUUAUGCGAGAGCGUGCACGGUAUUACCGACAUUCGUGGGAUUAAAAUUUAUGGUGCACAAUGGUAGAGACUUUGUACCUGUAAAAAUUACAGAAGAAAUGAUUGGGCAUAAGCUGGGCGAAUUUAGUCCGACAAGAAAGAGAUUCACUUUUAGAAAGACUAAGAACAAGUAG